AUGGCCUGCGUUUCAAAACCAAAUGAACUGAUAAAAUCAAAACCAUCUAUUAGUUUUCUCGCAAUUUUGAACAGAAAUCUUUUUCAACCAAAAGUAUAUGAAAAACUCCCGCUUCGAUUGUCACUGUCUCCAUGUUUAAUAAUUGGUGAGUUUAAGCGCCUUUACCCUCAGUAUAGUAUCGAAGAAGCGUGUACGUUUUUUGUUAAUAAAGCAUUUGCAGGAUCUUCAAAUCACCUUGAAAGUUUGCUUGAUUUACAAUGCAAAAUAUGUUCCAAAAAAGCAAAGGAUGUCUUGUUUAAGAAAUCUGAAUCUGAUGAUCUGCUCGAUGAGUUGAAGAUACCUGCAAAGUACGGUCCACAAGUUCUGUAUAAUUCAACACAAUAUGGCGUUCGCAGUAGAUCAGGAUGCGAAAUGAUCAACACAGAUUUACGUACAAUUAAAGAGGUUUUAUGCGUUAUUGUUUGCAUAUACUAUUUGUUAGAUCUCUCUUAUCCAUCUUCUUUUUCACAACUGAUGGGCCUUUUCCAAGAGAUGUUGCUAAAUGAAUGCUUUGAAAAAAAAUCAAAGAAGACUUGCUCUUAUAUUUCUCAUAUAAACAGUUGACUAAAUUUUUUGAUGUUAUUAAGUAACGCUUAUUGUUUACUUUAUUAUUUUAUUAAAUGUUUAAUUUUAUAUUUAAGUUGUUACUUUAAAAAAGUAAACAAGUUGGGAUAUAAAGCUUUCUUUGAAAUAAUUGAUUUUGUAAAGCUUUGACUUCGUAUUUAUUGACACAUCUUUAAAAAUUUUGGUUUGAGCAGUUGCAUAAAAAUUUAUUUGUA